UGUCAAAACGGCGACUCAGAUAGAUGAGCUUCCCCAAUCCCCAGGAACAAUUCGUAUAGCGACCAAUUUUGUAGGACUGCCACGUGGGACACCGUGGCGUCCUCCGUGGCGCCUUCCUUUCACUUUCCCAAAUUUCCCUCCUCUCUAUAUAAGAAAUUCCUCCCUCAAUUCUGGAUUCCUCUCCCGAACAAAACACCGAAUCGCCGAUCGUAACCGUAAGAAAACAGCGAUUAAUCGAUGGGUAACUGUUGCAGAAGCCAGUCCUCUACAUUGGUGUGGGCCGGAGACGAUUGGGGCUCCUUCAAUUCCAAGCACGGCCGCGGCGGAAACGCAACCACGUCCGGCGGCGAUACUGAGAAGCAGAGGCUACUUGGCCCAAAAAAAGCAGCGGCAACGGCGGCGGCGGGGGAAGUGAAAAUCAAGAUGACGAAGAAAGAGCUGGAGGAUCUGGUGGAAAAGCUAGAGAAGCAAGGGCUGAGCCUGGAAGAAGUUAUUGGGCGGAUGGUGAAGGGCGGCGAAGAAGAUGAAUAUGAAAUGGAGCACCACCGCUCAUGGAGGCCUUCUCUUCAGAGCAUUCCAGAGGAUUACUAAAAUCCACACCCAAAUCAAUUCUCUUUAUUUCUUAUUUCUUUUUGUAAAAAGAAAGAAAGAAAGGAUAUUUAUUAAUUCUAUUGCACAAAAAUUCAAUUUAGUUUUUUCUUUUGCGUACAUGUAAAUUAGGCGGAAGGACUAAACCAAUAAUUUAGCCUUAAAUUUAGUUUUUAUU